AUGCCUGUAGAACGUGAGGCCAGACGAGCCAGUCCAGUUAGGACAUCCCUCCCUCCUACAUACACCCCCCACAAAUCCACAGAACCACCUCAGGUUGUUGCACCUAUGAAACCAGUAGCGGGGAUGCAUCUGAUAAAGGAACAAGCGAAGGAAAUUGCAAGAUUAAGGCGGGACCUCGCACAAAUGCAGAACAAUCUACUAAAGAAGAGUCUGCCACGACCAUGGCCUGUUGAGGGACCGAUAAUCAUCUUUAAGAGGGAAGACAGCAUGGAAUCCUUCCUGCCGCUUAAGGAAUAUCGGUUUGCCGAGAUGGAACUGCCGACAGCACGUUGGGGCGAUUUGCUAGGAGAAUACCUAGAAUGGGAAGCCCUACAAUUCUGGGCUCACCUAAGGCAGACAGAUAUGGAUAUUACAAACUGGUAUCUCAUGAGACGAGAACUUGUUCAACGUUUUUGCUUGACAGAUCGGGCUGUCCUCAUACGACAGAUGGUGGCCAACAAAUGGACGGUUGACCACAGAGCACACGUAGUCAACUUCAGCAAGAUCGUAGCUAAGGGAGCCUAG